AUUUCCAGCGCUAUAUUCUUGUCGCUACUAGUCAUUUUGAAUUUGUUACUAAAUAAAUCUGUGAAAUCUCUAUGUAUUUCAUGAUACUGUACUGAGUGUACUGCAAGCGUCGAAUUUUCAAAUUUGUCGAUAAUAGAGCCAUCUUUACGAAACGCGAAGAACUACUCAGCUGUUUUGGCGUGUGAGUGUGUGUGUGCGUGUCGGCGAUGCUCUCGAAGAUAAACAAAAAUAAUGUUUCCGUCUUAAAGAUUUCUGCACAGUUUAAAUAAAUAUGACUGACAACAAGAGCUUUGUGUUUUUCUUUGUACAAAUUAUUUUUUAUGUGAUACUGUUACUCAAUCUUCUCCCGUUUGUAACAGCAAUAAGUGCCAGUAUUAAAUCAGAGGUUGAAGGCGAUGGCUUUCAUAGGAAUUUAAAAUACUAUGUUAACACCGGAGACUUUAAAAACAAUAGUUGUCAUGUAGCAGUAUUUGUAAGAUUGCCUACUUCGCUCUAUGUUAAUGUAGAUGAAUUAGCUGAUCUCAGGAGGCUUCGUAAGAGCACAUCAUGCUCAGAAGGAGAAAUAGAUGUAGAAUUGUUUGCUGAAAAAGCUUACUAUCAAAAUGUUACCAUAUGUUCUCGAUUAAGUAGUACAAAAAUUACUUUGGAAAUUCCAAUACAUCAGCGCUAUCGACUAGCUAGUCAAAAUGGUCAACCAGUCAAUGUGUCAAUACCAAAGCCAAAAUUACUGAUAGGGUGCAAAGAUAGGCUCAAAGAGCACAGAGUUUCAAAAAUUCAAAUAUGUUGGCCAUGUAUAGAGUUCUCAAAGAAGUGGAGAGAAAUUCCUUACAGAUGGGAAGAAAGUAAUUUUGUUUGGCGAAUUCCAGUUGGCAAUACAUCCAAAAAACUCGUAAUUACCUGUAUCACACUAUUUGUGACUCUUUGUGGAGCGGCCUGUGUUCUAUCUGCUCUUUACAAUUCUUAUCAAGUACCAAAAGAUAAAAAAUUCAAGGAACAUUAA